AUGAAUGAUAAGAUAGUUAUCCGUGAACCUUUGUUCAUUGCACCCAGUGAACAUAAAAGUAAUGUACUGAAAUAUGAAAAUUACAAUUUUAAUAAUGGAAGAAAUGAUACUACGAACUUGAUGAAUCAUAUAAGUAUAAGUCUGCCUUACCAAAAAAAUGAUAUCACAAAGAAUGACGAGAAUAGGGAUGAAAAAAGACCACUUGAUAUUAAUGAAAAAGAAAAUAUGAACUGCUUUGUUAAUAAAAAAAAUGGAAAUUUUGAUUUAAAAAAUAAUGAAAAAAAUAUGAUCAAGUCCUACAUAAAAGGAGAAAUAAAUACAAAUUAUAAUAUAAUAGAUAAUAUGUAUGAUGUUUAUUACACUAAUAAAAGUAAUAAAAAUUUAAAUGAGUUUCUUAAACAUAUAAAUAUAAAUCAUACAGCUCCAUGUAUAGGUGAAUUUAGGACUUGUAUGAAUUGCUUCUUAAACAUUUCUACAUUGUUUUGUAAAACUUGUAAUUUAUUUUUGUGCGCAAUUUGUAAUAUCCAGUUACACAAAAAUAGCCCUGAUCAUGUUAUUAAUGUAGCUAGCAGUGGAUUAUAUGAAAAUAAUUAUAAAUUUAAUGAUAUCAUAUUAAAAGAAAAAAACAAAUGGCUUGUUGAGCUUGGUAAUGGUGUGCCAAUCAAAAUUAGAGAAAAAUGUCCAAUACAUGUAAAUGAGUAUGUAAAAUAUGCUUGCAAAACUUGCAGUUACACUCUUUUGUGUUCAGAUUGUUUGCUGAACGAUCCUGUACACGUUCAGAACAAAAGUAAAGGUGGUGAAAGUUAUUACUGUGAAGGGGAGAAUAAAAAAAAAAAAAAAAAAACCGAGAAUGGAAGCACCACUAACGUGGAUGAUCUUAACCAGACAGAGCAUAACAAUGUCAACAAUGUCAACAAUGUCAACAAUGUCAACAAUAUCAACAAUGUCAACAAUAUCAACAAUGUCAACAAUAUCAAUAAUAAUUGCGGUAAUUCAAAAAACCUGAACACCUGCACAAAUUUAGCUCAGAAAAAAAAAAAUUCAUGUCAUGGUCAUAAAAAAGAGAAAACGCAAAAUAUAGUCAGCUUAAGCGAAUUUGAAGACAAGAAAAAGAAAAGCAACAGUGAAAGUUAUAGUGACGGUAAAAGUAAUAGCAGUGAUGAUGAUAACAGUAAUGGUAACCCCAAAUGCGACCCUAAUUGUAACCGCGAUAACAAUCGUGCCUCUAACCAACACAGUAGUGGAAGUAGUAACGACAUAGAGGGGUUGAAACCCGGGUUUAAGCUAAUGAGAGGAAACCACGAAAUUUUAACUCUGGUGGAUGCAAAAAAUGAAAUAAAAGAAGAGCUCAAGAGUAAAUUGGACUUAUUAAACAAAAAAUCGUUAGUUUUAAAAAAUACCAUACCUGCACUGAGAAAUAUUUAUAAAUAUGGUAAAAUUAUAUGUAAAAAUAAUAAGAGAUCAAUAAGGGCAUGUUUCAUAGCUACAAAUAGUUAUCUUGAAAAAAAAAAAAUGGACAUGCAAGAAAAUUUAAAAAUUUUGCAAGAUAAAAGUACUAAUUUUUUAAAUAAGUUAGAUAAAGAAAGAACAAAUUACAGAAGUUAUUUAGAGAAAAAAAGAAAUGAAAUACAACACAUGGUUAAACUAAGUAAUCGAAAUGCUGGUUUAUCAUUGGAUUAUUAUGUACAAAAGUUAGAAUCUUUUAAAUGUUUAUUUUUUACAAAAGACAAUUUAAUAGAUAUUGAAAAGAAACUAGAAAUUCCUCAUUCUCAAAUAAAAUCUGAACACUUAUGUUCUCUAAUUUAUGAUAUGAAAAAUGAUAUUCUAAAUUCAAAAAAAAAUAUAAAUAAUAUAUCACAAAAAAUUAAAAAUGAAUUUCAGUAUCUGUUUAAUUCGAAUACUGAAAUUCCUAUUUAUCCUGCACACUUUAGAGAUUUUUUACAAAAAAGAAUAUUUAAUAAAGAAAGAAUACAACCAAUUAGCAAUGACACAAAAAAAAGACAACAAUAUUUUCAUGUAAUUCCCUUUACUGACUUUUAUAUGAACAUUGAAAUUACAUAUCAACAACAAUUUUUGAGAAAGGAUUCCUUGCACCAAAAAUGGGAAAUGAGAACUGUGUCCAUUCGUUCGGUUUACUUGUGUAUACACACGCAUGCGGAUCCUAUACGCAGUGAUAAAAGAGGACAUGACGAAGGAAAAUAUGAGCGUAGCGAUGAAGUAGAAGUGGAAGAAGGGUUAGAAACGGGGGUAGUAGCUCUAGAGUCUGUACCUGCUGUAACAUCUGUCGAAGGGAGAAGAAAAGAAACUGCUUUGAUGAGGAUGAAAAAUCCAGGAAACACUUACUCAGAGAAAGGUAAAGGCACCAAUACUGCAAAUUGGAGUGAGAAGAAUGAUAAUGAAGACUACUGUACAAAUUAUGAUCCAAAGAGUAGGUCGUGUGGUAGUCAUCUCGAACCGAAAAAUGCAGUGAAUAACCUAAACAAUGAUAUCGAAUCCAUUGUAAGUCUUAGUAAUGUAAAUAUUAAACCAUUCAGUGAUCCUAAUAUUUCUAAUAUAACUAUUUUAGAAAAAAGAAUUUACCCAUAUGGAAUAGAGCUAACUGAAUAUAAUGAUAAAAACGAUUUAGUCGGUUACUGGUUGUUAACAAAAAAAAAUGAAACAGAGGUUAAUGCUCUUUUGCAUGUACUAAUUAAUAUUAAAAAGAAUAAUAAAUCUUCUGCUCUUAUUCCUUCUUUUCAUCCAAAAAUUAAUAUGAAUAAUCCUUUCUUUAAGUAUCAUGAAAAUAAUAUAAGUACUGUAUAUAAACAUUUUGCUUCAAAUAUUAUUGAACAGUCGUACAUUCACCAGCUGUGUAAUAAUUCCGAAACACAUCAGAGGAACAGGUAUUCAGGCGAAAGGCGCGAAAGACAAGGGAGCAUAGAAACUUUAGAUGGUAGUAAUGGAACUAAUGCAUGUAGUGCAAGUAACGAACAUAAUGGACGCAAUUAUGAACAGGAGCUCCCUGUAAAGCAUUCAUCCUUGCUACAGUAUUACAACGAUUUGGAAGACUUAGGGUCUUCAAAAAAAAUGCAACAUUUGAAAAUUGACAGUUUUAUCACCAACUCGUUCAGUGUAUCGGGGGAUUCUGAAAGUCAUGCUUUGGAUAAGCUACCACAAGAGCAGGAGGAGGAGACUGAAACUGAGAAUGUCAUAAACUUAUUGAACAAAUUCACGUUACCAAAAAGCGAUCAACCAAAUAAUAUACUAUCACAAGUAUUAAGAAAAAGCGAUUUCAUAUCAGAAUGUAGUAACUCUAGUACGCAUGAACAGGUCAGGAGAAGUAAUCCCAUACGAUUCAGAAAUACUGAUUACAAUUCAUCUAACAAAUUUGAAGACACAUAUCAAAACAUCUUGGCAAGUAAAAAAACAAAUAGAUAUUGUACUCUUCAAAAAUUAUUGAAAAAGGAUCAAGAAUGGAAUGACCAUAAUACCCCUGAUGUAAAUAUAAAAUAUGUAAAGCAAAAUUUAGUUCAUGAAGGAAAACAUUCUCUUCCAUUAAACCUCGAAUCGAACUUUUCGAACGACAACUGGGUAGAUUGUGUUAACAGUGGGGCGAAUAUAGUGAAAAUGAAUGGAAGUGAAGAAGAGGCGAUAAAAAUAGGCGGAAGUGAAGAAGAGGCGAUAAAAAAAGGCGAAAAUGAAGAAGAGGCGAUAAAAAAAGGCGAACGUGAAGAAGGGGUGAUAAAAAAAGGCGAAAGUGAAGAAGGGGUGAUAAUAAAGAAUACUCGGGAGUACUUCAGUACAGACAAUUAUCCUCAAAUGGGAGACUCUGUAAUAAGUGAGCAGAAGAAAACUGUCUUUCGUAACCUCUCAACUGUUCAAGAUAGUAAGAAUGCAGUCACAAGCAGUGGAUGCUCUGUGUACCAUGAUGUAAUGGACAACAUCACAGUCAACAGUACAUUAAGCAGUACAUGCAUAAGAACGUGCACCAGCACCUCUAGUAGUAGUGAAAAGAACAAAACGAACAAUAGUCAACUGUAUAAUAGCAAUAGUUAUGCCCUCCAUCAUACUGCAGAAGAAGGACAUUGGUUGCAGAAUGAUUUGCUGCAGAAUGACCUGGAGGGGGGAGGUGCUUAUAAAAUUAGCACCACUAUAAGCAGAAAGAGUGAUAUCAUCAAUGGAAGCAUCAAUGUUGGCAUCAGUGGCGGAAUCAACAGAGGUACCAUUGACAGAGUAACUACCAUGGGUGCUUCUGCCCGAAUUGGUAGCGACUCUACAUCAAACAGUAACCUAAACAGUACUGUAGAUAAAAAUGAUAGUGAGAGAAAUAAGAAUUACGAUGGGAUCCCCUGUGAGAUGUUGUCAGAUGGGUAUAAGAAUAAUGGUAAUAAUGAUUCUGCAAAAAUGGACGAACAUGAUGAACAUUGGUUAGGCAACCUGGACAUAAAAGGAGAUACACAUGUAGAUCCAAUGACUAGCCAAAAUUGUAAUUCGGGUGAUAAUAGUAAAAGAUUUUUAAGCAGCAUACCCAGACAGUGUAAUGACUCAAACGUGGUGUGUGAUAAUGGAUCAAUUUUAAAUAAGGAUAUUGUUGGACAUAAAAAAAAAGGUAAAACUGUAUACAAUGAUGAAGAAAAGAAAAGUAUGCUGGAAGUAGAAUUAUUUAAAUUAAAUGACCAUAUUCAUAAAUUUUUGCAAAAUUUAAGCUAUUCACAUAGUAAUAAUUGUAUUAACGCUAAUUUAGAAUGUGAUAAAUGGCAAGGACAAAAUAUAAGUAAGAGUAAAAACUAUCCAAGUAUUAAACAGUCCAGAUGUACAGGCAAAAACAAUUUUGAAAAAAUGAAAAAAUAUGGUUCUAAAGAAAAUAUGAUUAAUGGUUAUACUAUUUCUGAGGAUAGUGCAAAUCGGUCAAACAUGAUCGUGAAAUGUGGAGAUAUUGCAAAUGCAAAUCGUGUAAACGGUACGUGGGGUACUAAUAUCGGGAGUAAUACUGCUUAUGCUGAUAAAGGCACUUCCCGCGAUUCGAAUCUUGACAACGUUCAUUCGAUAAACUGUGAACUGGAGGACCAGGGACUACUUUUCGGUCGCGCAAGUGGCAGUGCUAACGAGAAAUAUUUCAAUGAAAGGAGCACAUCAUUACCAUUAACACCAUCUUCUUCUAGUGCUGCUGAACGUGAGGAAGACAUAUCUUUCGUACAUAUACGGCAAGGUGAGAGUACAUGCUGCACACGCUUGGGCACAAAAGAGUGCAUGCUUGUAGGUACACAUCGGGGGAGCAGUACACAGGAAGGGAAAAAUAGCACUUGUGAGUGCCUAACCUAUAAUAGAUACGAAAUGGAAAAUAUUUCAAAUAACUUCAUGUAUGAAGAAGCCGCUGAUGAGGGGAACAUACAUCAUACAUGCUUCGAAAAAAUAAAAUAUGCAACAAGGAAUAUGAAUAGAGAAAAUGCUUCACAAGAUAAUAUGAUGUAUGCUAAGGGGUCAAAAGGUUUAUGCAGUUAUAAUUUUGGAAAUGAUGGAGAGAGAGAAAUCAAUUUCGAAGGAACAAACGGAUGGAAAAAAUGUAGUUACGUAUUAGAUGAAAAUAAAAAUGGUAAAAUAGCUAGCUGUAAUAACUGUAUCACUCAAAAUAAUAAAAAAAAUAAGGAAAAAUUAUAUUACGUAAAAAAUGAAGAGGGAAAAAGGAUGUCUGAUAAAUAUAAAACUAAUAGUCAUAAUAUCGCUCAUGUAGAAAUUAAACAAUAUUUAGCACCAUUGCAUAACUCAUAUCAUAAUGAUGAUGAAAUUGUAAAGCUGAGGACUAAACAACAGGAUGCAGAAGCGGAAGAACAAAAGGAGGUAGAGAAAUAUGGAGAAAAUUCAUUCAAUUCGAUAGAGAAUGGUAAUUAUAUUGAAAAAGAUGAAAAGUACUUGGAAAUUUCUGACUUUUUCAAAAAAGAGCAAAGUAGCAACUAUUAUCAUCGUAGUUAUAGUUUAGAUACAUCUACUAAAUGCUUAGGAGAUAGAUCUGUAUCUUUUCAUAUAGAUGGGAAAGCACAGAUGAUAAAGGAAUUAAGAAAAAUUCAAGGAAAAGUUGAAAAGAAAAUAAAAAAGUACAAGCUCAAAAUUGAUGAAGAGCGGAAAGUUGCUCCCCCCAAAAAAAACUACAAAAAUGGAGCUACGAAUGGGCUUAGCAGUAGUGAUAGCAGUGACCGUAGAAGAAAUAUGCGGAGUACUUAUGCAGACGAAAAUUGGCGGAAUCCUGUUCCUGCCAACCUUAUAGACCACGUGCUCAGUCAGAUAGGCAGUAAAAAGAUAGGACUGUAA